GCUGGGGCUGUGCCUAGCCCCUGUCUGGCCCCGGGCAGCCAGGUCACAAACCCAGGGGCAGAUUUGUGCCCCGAGCCCAUGGAGGGUGCAGAAGGCGAGAACAGCCCUUCUGCUCCCCAAGGUCCAAGGAGAGCCCUGCUUUUGCUAGGCAAGUCACUCAGGUGGCCACAGGACAGAGCUGUGGGCAGCAGGUCCUCCCUGACCUAGGUGCAUCUCCUCACCCCUUUCUCAGCCCCCUCUACCUCACAUCUGUAGCAGCACAACUCUGUUUGGACCCUGGAACUGCUCCCUGCUAAGCAACCCCGCCCUGCCUUGGGUCUGCUCGUACCAGUCCCAUGUGUGGCCUCUGCCCUGCUAUGUUAACUUUUACCAGCUUUGCUUCCCGGCCUUCCUGUGGCCAGGGUCCACAAUGUGCUGCCUGGGAGCAUGGGACCUGCUCCAGCCCUGGCCUCCUGUCCGCACCAGGAUGCGGGAACCGUGCCCCUCCCAUGAUGUGCCACUGCCAGCGCCGGGGAGCUCAGGUGAUCCUGGGCCGGGACUCCCAUCUGCACGUCUACGAGCACGGCGGGGUCGCGCAGGUCGCUGGUGUCCACUCCCAGGCGCUGCCGGACUUGCCCGAUGGCACCUUCGACCUGGAGCUGCUGGAGCUGACAAUCCGUGAGGCCCACGGCAGCCGGUACCACCCGCGCCCCGAGCUUGUGUGCCUGGAGAACACGCACAGCUCUGCUGGGGGCCGGGUGCUGCCCCUUGCCUACCUCCAGCAGGUCCGUGGGCUCGCUGACCGCUACGGGCUGCAGGUGCACAUGGACGGAGCACGGCUGAUGAAUGCGGCAGUGGCACAGAACAUGGAGCCAGCUCAGUUCACCCAGCACUGCGACUCCGUGGCCCUCUGCUUCUCCAAGGGCCUGGGUGCCCCAGCUGGUGCAGUGCUGGCUGGGCGCAAGGACUUUGUCGCCGAGGCCUGGCGCAUGCGGAAGCUGCUGGGUGGUGGGAUGCGGCAGGCCGGAGUGCUGGCAGCUGCAGCCCUUGUUGGCCUUGAGCGCAUGGGGGUGACGCUGCGCAGGGACCACGACAAUGCCUGGCGCUUUGCUGAAGGCAUUCAGGAGCUGAACUCGCCCCUCUGCUCUGUCAACCUCACGGCGGUGGAGACCAACAUUGUGAUGGUGAACAUCAGCGGGGCCUACCCAUCCCCUGUGGAGCUCUGUGAGCACCUGCGGGCUGUGAGCGAGGAGGAGCUGGCCCAGACUGGCCACGCUGUCAGCGUCCUGCUCUUCCCCUGGUCGGCACACACCGUGCGCGCUGUCUGGCACUGCGGCAUCUCGGCCCGCGACACCGAGCUUGCAAAGAAGAAGCUGGAGUUUGUGGCCAGGAAGUGCCAGGAGAAGCUGACCCUGGGGCUGCGCCCAACCCCUCCGAGUGCAAGGGGAGCCUGAGCAUCCCCCCAGCCCUGUCCUGGCAGCUGAGGUGCUGGGACCAGCCACAGCAUCUGCAGCACAGCAUUCAUCCCGCAAGCCAGUGUGAGCCCAGCCCAGGGGACACCCCAGCCUGCUUAGCAGUGGGAGCAUCUUCACAGACACAUCCAGAGGUAACAUUGGGAGCCCACAGCACACUCCGCCACUUGGUCCCCUCAGAGGCAGGGUCCCUGCCUUGUGGGUCACCCAGCAAACACAUCCUCAGGGCAUCCUUUAGGUCCUGCAGCAGCUUAGCUACUGUAACCUGGGUCCCAUAGAGCACCCAAAGGUGGAGCCAGACACCCCUCACCCCAAGGCCACACGCUGUGCCUGGCUCACGUGCACUGCAUGGGUGUGAGGAUGCUGCAGUGGAGAGGCAGAUCCCGAGGGAUGGUCAGGGCAUGAAAUAAACAUGUUCUGGCAGGGC